UUGAACAAGCGGGUGUUCGACAUCGAGGUCUCGGACGGCGCGAUCUACGAAGCGCUGCGCAACGAACUGGCCAAUCAGCGCACCGGAACGGCCGCGACCAAACGAAGGGGCCAGGUGCGUGGCGGCGGUCGCAAGCCGCACCGGCAGAAGGGUACCGGGCGCGCUCGCGCCGGAUCGAGGCGAUCACCGUUGUGGGUCGGCGGCGGAACGACCUUCGGCCCGCAGCCGCGCGACUACCGGCAUCGGAUACCGCGCAAGGUGAAGCGGCUGGCGAUCCGGUCGGUGCUCACCUCGAAAUGCCGCGAGAAUCAGCUGAUGGUCGUCGACGGCGUACAGUGCCCGUCGGGCCGGACGCGCGAGCUUGCGGCUACGUUGAGCGCGCUGUCACCGGGAUUCAAGACCGUGCUGGUGCUGGGCGCGGACGACCCGAUGACGAAGCGCGCCGGACGCAACCUGCCUUCGCUGCGUAUUCUCUCCAGCCAGCGGCUCAAGGUGCAUGAAUUGCUGUAUGGGGACCGGGUGCUGCUGCAGCGCGAUGCGGUGGCCGAUUUGAACGCCGGUUACGGCGAGGAUCAAAGGGGUGACGAUGAUCGGUGA